AUGCAAUUUGUGAUCGAAAAAAUUUUCAUCGCCAGCGGAGUUGCAGUGGGCGAGCUGGCAGGACAAUACUACGUCUUUGCACCCAAAACGAUGGUCAUUAUCGCGCCUGGUGUGCCUCACGCUUGGGUAGCUGCCCCAAAAGGCUUAGAUUUGGAGGCUCUCGGCGUGGCUCCACCUAAGCCCAUCGCCGUUGAACAAGAUCCGCUUAUUUCAAUUGAAGAACCUUCAACAGUGUCUGAUGGGAAAUUCCUUGCGGUCUACGAAUACGAGCUACCUACUGGGUUCUACCCAACAGCGCAGACAGAGCGACUACAAACACCCAAAGAUUAUGCAGCUUGCGACGAUUUGCAUAAGAUACGAAUUCCGGAAAUGGACGUCAAUCAAUUGAGGCAGCAGGGAAGCUUUAUAUAG